AGACACUCCACAUAAAUUCUGUAGGUCCAAGUUUGGGCUCUGACCUCCAGUCCCUGCGUCGGACGGACAACACAUCACCACGUCAAGAUUUCUCCUCAUUAUGGGCAGUUUCUCGUCCCAUCUCACAGAGUAGGACCUCCGCUUCUCACAAGAGUGUCCGAAUGCUUCACUGAGUUGCUAAUUGAUCGGUCGAUUUAAUCCUUCUGCUUGGCGGCACGCGAAUGCGCAUGGCAAAAUAUGAUGCGUCUUAAAACGUGGGUGUUUCUUGACCCAAGUUUACGGUUGCUUUGACAUCACCUAAGCCGGUCUAUUCUCGACUUCUGUGCCCAGGCUUUCUGGCCCAUCUACUAGAACUCAUAUAUUGCCCUGUAAUUCGUGCUGUUGUCGUCGCCGUUGUGCUCAUGUCUAGCCUGGCGAAUCGUUCAAUUCGAGAGCCGCGCUCCCGCCUGGCCGUGGGCGCGAGCAGCAGCAAAAAGCCUUCGGGCAGUUCCUCAUUCAUGUCAUCGUCGCCACUUCGAGCCAGGGGCUCCCAUGGCACAGAGACGUUGUGUCUGCCGGACCGCCCAGCCGAAGAACAGCAGCGCAUACACAAAGCGUCCAUCAUGCGCGAGGAGAACGAGCUGCUUAUCUGGACCAGUCUCGACCGUAACGAGUCGAUUCCCCAGACAAAACUUCACUACGAGCGCGACAUGCUGUUCAUUGACUCGGAUCCCGAAGAAUCUCAGGACAUGUGCCCCGACGAUGACGAAUCUGGCGGUAGCGGUAGCGUGGAGUGGGAAGAGUCUCUAGACUGGGACGAGGAAGAUCACCAGCGUAUGAGGCCAGGAGUGGUGUUUGGCCCCGACGGAUGGUGGGAUCCCAAGGUCCACAAGAGUGCCCACGACAGACUUGAGCAAGAGAAGGAAAUGAAAGCGAGAGAGCGGUUGUGGAGUGAAAGGAUCAAGGAAGACGAUGGUUCACCCGCCCUGAGCCCCAGAAACAGACGAAAGAGCUCGGGUUUCAGCGGUAGCAGCAGUCCUGGUGGGAUGCCGGUUCAUAGGCGAGCGUCGGGCGGAAAAAGAGCUUUUGGGAUGCUAGGCAGCUCCUAGAGACGGCGUGCGAAGGUCUCGCACAGGGCAGCGGACCGCUCGAUCCGGUUGUCAUCUGGAAUCAUCACUGCAAGAAGGCAUGUUGUCAAGGCACAUGGUCAGGUUGGUGAUUGAUCGAUGCAUCCGGCCUUCGUCAUGACGGGCCCGAAUAUUUAGAUCUAUUUCCUGAUUCAAUUCUAACGUAGACCAUCAUUGCAGAAAACCGGCGGCAAAAAUCAGUGUAGCUUCAGGGCAGCAGCAGACGCCCUCGCACUCGCCUCCGCCAGCUCCUGCUCGCUGGGCAUGUUCACGAUAAGAAGAUAAGCUACGUUCUCUUGCAGCGCCUUCCUUAUGAUCCCGCCUUGCCCGCGUUGCUUGACAGGCCUUCCCCUUCGCAGGGCUCGCAGUUC